AUGUGCAUUUACAAAGUUAGACGCCAUAAGAUAAAGGCACCAGCAUGGCUUACCGAGGAUUACGUGGAAAAAUUGUGUAAGUAUUUCGAGGACGACUCCCUAAAGUUGAAGAAUCUGGGGAUUGUGCCUGCGACAGCCAAAGGAGAUAAUUACGCCAGCGUGAUGGCCCGCAUCAAUGUGAAUUACUCUACAAAGGAUUCAAAGGACCUGCAGACUGGUACAUUCCUGCUUAACAACUUCGCCGACAAGGAUCCGGCGGCCAUCUUACUGGCCGACUAUGGGGUUUACACCAGAGAAAUGGACAUAUACGAGCAGAUCUUGCCUCACCUGUCAAAAAUGGUUAGGGACGAGAUCAAGGAUUCCCGGAAGUUGUUCGCAGCUACUGUGGAUGUAGAUCGCAAGCGGGAUUCCAUAAUUUUUGAGGAUUUGUCGCUGGAACAGUACAAAGUGUCCUGUCGCCUAAAGAAACUCGACCUCAAACACACUCAUUUGGUUCUGGAAAAGCUGGCUAGGUUCCACGCUGCCGGAGCAGUUCUUGCCGAGCGAAAGCCCGGAAUUUUUGAGAAGAACUACGAUCGAGGAUUUUUCAACAAACAUGUUCGGGGCUAUCAGCAAACCUUUAAGAAUCUUCUGCAGGCCUUGUCGCGCUCCCUAGAACUGAAAAACCUAAAAGAGCGCUAUCAGCGGAAGAUAGAUCGCCUAGUCGAUAAUAUAAUGGAUUACGGCGAACGAUCAACGUCAGUCAAUCCAGGCGACUUUCUAGUCCUAGCGCAUGGGGAUCUUUGGACAACAAACGUCAUGUUUCAGUAUGAUGCAGGUCACCCAACCAACGCCAUUCUAAUUGACUUUCAGUUCAGCGUAUGGAACUCUCCGGCCAUCGAUCUGCACUAUUUCUUUUCCACUUCGAUACAGGACAAUCUUCGCUGGAAACAUCAGCCAGAGUUGGUUCAGUUCUAUUACUACAAGCUAGUGGAAUCGCUAAAGAAGCUGAAGUAUUCUCAACAUAUUCCGACUUUAUUUGACUUCCAGCUCCAGUUUCAGGCCAGAGCUUUUUAUGCUGUGUUUUCCUCACUGAUUUUCGAGCCUUGUAUGCUGUAUACUGGAAAAGAAGAGGCUUCCAUUGCACAGGGUAUGUCCCCUUCCGAGAGUGGAAUCCGGUUCAGGGACUCUGUUUAUCAUGCUGACCAUAUUAAAGAGAAAAUGGUUUUCGCACUGCCCUUUCUUGAUCAGUUGGGACUACUGGAUGAUAUGUAAAUUACCUUAUGUUAUAUUUAAAUUAAUAAAUUCUAAAAAAACCAUCUUAUCGAUGUCAAAAA